CAGGCAGGGGUGGGGGCAGCGCCGGGCACGUGGCUCGGGGGACACGCCGGGGGUAUAAAACGUCCCCGUCCGCCGCGCAGGGAGAGAGGCGGUGGCUGCCGCCGGGAGGGGGACUCGAACCCGCGGCCCUCGGCUGAGGGCAAUGGAGCUGCCCACGGCUGCCGGCACCGCCUGGGGCAACGGCACCGCCUGGGGCAACGGCACCGCCUGGGGCCCCCUGCCCGGAGCCAACGCCACGGAGGCAGCGCAAGCCAAGAACGCCACCUCCAUCCUCAUCGCCAUCGUCAUCACCGCGCUCUACUCCGUGGUGUGCGUGGUGGGGCUGCUGGGCAACGUCCUGGUCAUGUACGGCAUCGUCAGGUACACCAAGAUGAAGACAGCCACCAACAUCUACAUCUUCAACUUGGCCCUGGCAGAUGCACUGGCCACCAGCACCCUGCCCUUCCAGAGCGCCAAGUACCUGAUGGAGACCUGGCCCUUUGGGAAGCUGCUCUGCAAAGUCGUGCUCUCCAUUGACUACUACAACAUGUUCACCAGCAUCUUCACCCUCACCAUGAUGAGUGUGGACCGCUAUGUUGCUGUGUGCCACCCGGUCAAGGCCUUGGAUUUCCACACGCCAGCCAAAGCCAAGAUCAUCAACGUCUGCAUCUGGGUGCUCUCCUCCCUCAUCGGGGUGCCCAUCAUGGUCAUGGCUGUCACCAAGUCAAAAGACGGAAUGGUGCUGUGCACGCUCCAGUUUCCCGACCCUCCCAUCUACUGGGACACCAUGACCAAGAUCUGCGUCUUCAUCUUUGCCUUCAUGGUCCCCAUCUUGGUCAUCACCAUCUGCUACGGGCUGAUGAUCCUGCGCCUGAAGAGCGUCCGCCUCCUUUCGGGCUCCAAGGAGAAGGACCGCAACCUGCGGCGCAUCACGCGCAUGGUGCUGGUGGUGGUGGCCGCCUUCAUCAUCUGCUGGACGCCCAUCCACAUCUUCGUCAUCGUCUGGACGCUGGUGGACAUCGACAAGAAGAAUCCCUACGUGGUGGCCAGCCUGCACUUCUGCAUCGCCCUGGGUUACACCAACAGCAGCCUCAACCCCGUCCUUUACGCUUUCCUGGAUGAGAACUUCAAGAGGUGCUUCCGAGAGUUCUGCCUGCCUUUCCGAGCCCGCCUGGAGCAGAGCAGCUUCUCCCGGGCCAGGAACAGCACGCGGGAGCGCGUCUCCACGUGCACCCCUUCGGAAGCCCGCCCCAAGCCGGCAUGACUAGGCGUGGGCAGCCUCCAGCGGGGCUGCCGGGGCCACGGGGGGGAUGACCUGCGCUCGGAAGUCACCCAGGUCACCACCACGGAGCUGUAGCAGAGCGGUGCCCGGGCCCUGCGGGGGCUUCAGGCUCACAGCGAGGGCGAGUGACUGGAAAGGGUUUCUCCAUCCCGGAGAAGCAGGGACGAGGGGGGCAGGACUCACAGAGCGAUGGAGG